UGUACAUCUGAUAAGGGAAUCAUGCUUGAACCCCCCACAAUGCAGGUGCGACGAUAUCGGGCCGAAAGUACCCGCGCGGAGAGGUUGCAGCUGUCCAAAAUGUCACCCGCUACACCAACAGCCAGCAAGUUUUCCAAGACCUCCAAGGCGAUGCAGAUCUCUUAAUCAAUGCUUGACCAACCUACCAACCCAAAUCAUCAACGGCUAGCACCGGAAGUUUGACGGUAGCCAAGAUCGCUCUUCUCGUCCCUGCUUCCCCGCGAAGUGAAAGCACGGUGUCCCCAGAAGUGUGAAUCAGAGACACACAGAAAUAAAAUAAGGGAAAAUAAAAGGGCUGCCAAGAACCGGGACAACCCACGGUACACGCUACUAAAUAAAAUGUUCACCGAUAACCUGAUUCGGUAGACAGUCUUGCACAUCUCGACGCACUCGUUAAUGUGGAGAAGUAGUAAAAAAUUACGUACUGGUUGGAUCUUGUCCCGUCAACAGUUGGUAGAUUGUAGAUAAAGAUUGAUGUUUCCCCGGAUUUAAAGAUCUGGGGAAAAAGCUAGGUUUGAACGUCUCAUCUUUUCUUUUCAUCUCUUUCUUCAUUCCUGUCCUUUUUUUUUCUCUUCCCGGAGUUGCGCCAGUACGGCUAUACAUCGUUUGGAAAGCACCGAGCCCCGAAACAUAUCGACCAUCAAUAGACAGCCAUGGGUGAAGAUAACGGCAUACGAGGUCGCUAUUCGGGCGACGUCGAGUCCAAGGCUGUCGAUAACGGGCAGGCGAUGGAUAUCGACAUUGGCCAGGCGAGGACGCUUUCCGCAGAUGGCACUCCAAACCUGCUCGCGAAGCACAACCAACUCGAACGGGGCCUGAAGAGCAGACAUAUUCAGUUCAUAGCACUGGGUGGAGCAAUCGGAACGGGCUUGUUCGUAGGCAGUGGAAGAAUCCUUCAGCUUGUCGGUCCGGCGCCGCUAUUUAUGGGCUACUUGUCUAUGAUGGUCUUGGUUUGGGUCAUUAUGAACAUUCUCGGAGAAAUGUCGACCUUUCUUCCUUUGAAAGGAAUUUCGAUACCAUACUUUGUCGAGCGCUUUGUUGACCCUUCACUGGCUUUUGCGACCGGUUGGAAUUAUUGGUAUGCAUACGCUAUGCUCGUUGGCGCCGAGGCCGUGGCGGGCGCGAUCCUCCUCGAUUACUGGAAUACUCCCGUUCCUACAGCAGUCUGGAUUACAAUAAUUCUCCUCGUCACACUGGCACUUAACAUCUUUGCCGUGGGAAUCUUUGGCGAAGCUGAGUUUUGGUUUGCUAGUAUCAAGUUCAUCAGCAUCAUGGGCUUGAUUCUUACCUCGCUUGUAAUCAUGCUCGGUGGCGCACCCAACCACGACCGGAUAGGCUUCAAAUACUGGUAUGACCCCGGCGCCAUCAAACCCUAUCUGGUCGAAGGGGACGCCGGCAACUUCCUCGCCUACUGGGCAGCCUUUAUCCGCGCCGGGUUCGCCUUCAUCACAUCGCCCGAGCUGAUUGCCCUUGCUGCUGGCGAGACCAUGGCACCCCGUCGCAACAUUCCCAAGGCGGCUAGCCGAUUCAUCUGGCGUCUUGCCGUCUUCUACGGGCUCGGGUCGCUGAUGGUUGGUGUCAUCGUCCCGAGCAACGACGACCGCCUGCUCAGCCCCAAGUCGAAUGCCACCUCUUCCCCGUGGGUUAUUGGAAUCCAGCGCGCGGGCAUCGUGGGUCUCAACCACGUAGUCAACGCCGCCAUCCUUACCAGUGCUUGGUCUGCUGGAAACGCUUUCCUGUACUCGGGGUCGCGAGUGAUGUACAGCUUGGCAUUGAACGGACAGGCCCCUGCCAUAUUCAAGAGGACCAGCAAGAGUGGCGUGCCCUACGCUGCCGUGCUGGCUACUUGGUCCAUCGGGUUGUUGUCAUACCUGAAUGUAUCCAACAGUUCUGCCAAGGUGUUUGAUUGGUUCCAGGCUAUCUGCACCAUCUCUGGCUAUAUCGCUUGGAUCGUGGUAACGAUAACCUACCUCCGAUUCCACGCCGCUCUCAAGUUCAGGGGCCUGCUCCACACUUUGCCAUACAGGACAAAGCUCCAACCUUAUGCAACAUACUUCACCCUCUUCAUGCUCAUCCUCCUGACACUCACCAGCGGGUUUGACAUCUUCCCGGCGUCGAAGUGGGACGCGGAGAGCUUUGUCGCAGCCUAUGUCACCCUCCCGAUCUUUUUGGUCCUGUACAUCGGGCACAAGAUUUGGCACCGGACUCCGUUGGCUCGCAAGGUCGAAGACAUUGAUGUUACGAGCGGGGUUAAGGAGAUGGAGGAGCUGGCUGCAAACGACGAGGAGCCUGUGCCCAAAAACUUGCUGCAAAAGAUUUGGUUCUGGAUUGCAUGAGUAUUGAUUGGGAAGGUGAUGAGGUACCAUUUUAAAUUAAAACAAGGCAAUGACAAGAAUUUGUCCUUCUUUUUAUGUCGGCGGUGUCUACUCUUUAAGGAAAACAGAACGCGCCCCACGAUGACGGAAUCUUGGCGCGAUAUCAGCGAACUGCGCAAAUGCUUCUCUCUAUAGUUCUAGUACUUAUUUCAGUGCCGAAGCUCCACGCCUCGGCAUCACCAUUUAAUGCUUGCUCGGCUCGGCUUUCCUGUCCUUCACUGGUGGGCAAAAUGAAUAGACCCACAGAUAGAUAGAUAGAUAGGUAGCUACCUACACAUACGAAUACUACCGUAAAUAAGGGAACAACA